AAGGACGGACGCGUGUUUCUUACGCAGCGGCUCGGGGUGAGAGUCAGUGCGCGCAGACCGUGUUGGAGAUUAAAUAUUAGCCGAAAUUGCUUCGCCAAUUAAAUCAAAGUGGGCUCCAGCCUGUCAUUAAAGCCCGGUCGACCGCACACUGACAGCUCAGUAUUUUCACAAUUUGAAGAAAUGUCGAAGAAAAUUACCCCUCCCUGAAUUCUGCAAUUAAAACUCAAGUAGUUAAUGAGACCUCUUCACCUUUUGGUUGCCCGGUUAGACGUUUGUGGCGAACUUAGUCCCCUUUUUUUUUUUUUUUUUAAUUGCUGUUAUUAAAAAAAUCAAUCCCCCCCACCUUGAGGCCUUGCACUGUUUUUUUUUUUUUUUAUUGAUUGACAGGAGAAAUUGGCGUGUUGUGUGGGGUCUGAGCGCGCACGCGUUGCAGCUCGCGGCUUGCUGAAUCACAAAUGCAGAUCUCAAGAACAUAAUGCACAUAGGAUAAGUGUGAGCUCAAGUGUUGUCUGUUUUUCUUCUCGUCAUGUGUGAGGAUUGCAAAGGAGACGAAGAGCUGCUAGGGAAAUGCACUGAGGACAGGAGAGACAUAAUGGGCGCGCCGGUGGAAGUUUUGGAUGAAGACGCGUCGUCGCUGCAGGCGAUGGCAUCUGCGCCUCUGUUAGGAAGAGCUGUGUGUGCGAGCUGCAACGAGGAAAUUGUGGAUAAAUAUUUAUUAAAGGUCAACGACUUGUGCUGGCAUGUGCGCUGUCUCUCCUGCAGUGUGUGCCAGACUUCACUUGGCAGCCACACGAGCUGUUACAUCAAAGAAAAAGAAGUUUUCUGUAAACUGGAUUAUUUUCGAAGGUACGGCACCUGGUGCGCCUGCUGCGGCCGGAACAUCCACUCCACAGACUGGGUCCGCCGGGCGAAGGGCAACGUGUACCACUUGGCCUGCUUCGCCUGCUUCUCCUGCAAGAGGCAGCUGUCCACCGGGGAGGAGUUCGCUCUGGUGGAGGAGAAGGUGCUCUGCAGGGUCCACUAUGACUGCAUGCUGGACAACCUCAAGCGGGCCGUGGAGAAAGGGAACAGUGUUAACAUGGAGGGGGCUGUGCCCACUGAACAAGAGAUUAACCAGCCAAAACCCUCCAAGAGAGCCCGGACCAGCUUCACUGCCGACCAGCUGCAGGUGAUGCAGGCCCAGUUUGCUCAGGACAACAAUCCAGAUGCUCAAACUCUGCAGAAACUGGCAGAGCAGACGGGCCUCAGUCGGAGAGUCAUACAGGUCUGGUUCCAGAACUGCAGAGCACGUCAUAAGAAGCAUGUGAGUCCCAACCACACCUCCAGCACACCCAUGACCUCCCUGCAGCCCAGCCGCCUGUCCCAGCCCACCCCGACCCCUGAGGAGCUGCAGUACACAGCCUACGGAGGCCCGGAGGGAUCAAUGCUCUCUGCACUACACUCUUUCAUAGACAUACACUCUCCUCAAUCUAUGUUUCAACCGCUGCUGCCAGCCCACGCCAUGACCUCGCUGCCUGUGUCGCACGCCUGAGCUGCUCACACACACACGCACACACACACACACACAGCCUCAGAUUCCACGAGCGAUGGUCCAUCAUUAGCUGCCACAGUAUUCAGAUAUUCAUGGUAAAUAUCAUUUCAUUUUAAGUGAACCAUAAAACCUUUCCUUUUACAAGUCAAUAUUCUUUGAAAACACUUAAUUCACUGUUGAUCAUAUUAUGAAUGACUAUAAUUUACAGUCCUAAAUGUACUGUAUAAUGUGGAAAUGGAAAGGUUUCAGUGUUCCUUAUAGGAUUGUGACAUAUGACAUUAUACAUUUAUAUUUGUUUGUGUAGUUGGUGACACAGUUUGACCGUGGUACUAUAAGUGGAAGCCACCAGACCCAAAAUGUCAACUCAUUAUGAAGGUGAACUUGAAAUUGUUUGUGUUUGAAUAUUGCAAUUUAAUUUAUUUAUUGUAUGUGAAGUCUGUUUUGAAAAUAAAUGUCUACUUUCACAAAA